CACCGCCCUAUUGUUUCAAGCUUUUUGUGUGGGCGACUGCGACAGCGUCGGGAUUAUUGGAGGAGGCGAUCCAUCGAUCGAUCCAUCCCCGGGCUCGUCACAGGUCUGAUCGAUCGAGCUCUGUGGCUCACAUCGCCGCUCUCGCUUAGCGCCCUGUUUCUAGCGAGUUUCUCCAUGGCGGAGGAAGAAAUCCAGCCCCUGGUGUGCGACAAUGGAUCCGGGAUGGUCAAGGCUGGAUUUGCCGGAGACGAUGCUCCCAGGGCCGUGUUUCCCAGCAUUGUGGGCCGGCCCAAGCACACGGGCGUCAUGGUUGGAAUGGGGCAGAAGGAUGCGUAUGUCGGCGACGAGGCGCAAUCCAAGCGAGGUAUCCUGGCAUUGAAGUACCCGAUCGAGCACGGGAUCGUCACAAACUGGGACGACAUGGAGAAGAUCUGGCACCACACUUUCUACAACGAGCUCCGUGUGGCUCCGGAAGAACACCCGGUUCUUCUCACCGAGGCGCCGCUCAACCCAAAGGCGAAUCGCGAGAAGAUGACCCAGAUCAUGUUCGAGACCUUCAAUGUCCCGGCCAUGUACGUGGCGAUCCAAGCAGUCCUUUCACUCUACGCGAGUGGACGCACUACCGGUAUUGUUCUCGACUCGGGUGACGGUGUCACGCACACUGUUCCAAUCUACGAAGGCUACUCACUGCCCCAUGCAAUCCUCAGGCUGGACCUUGCCGGUCGCGACUUGACUGACUCGCUCAUGAAGAUCCUGACCGAGAGAGGCUACUCGUUCACCACCACGGCGGAGCGUGAGAUCGUGAGAGACAUGAAAGAGAAGCUGGCGUACGUCGCCCUGGACUACGAGCAGGAGCUGGAGAGCUCCAGGCAAAGCUCCUCGAUGGAGAAGACAUACGAGCUUCCGGAUGGGCAGGUGAUCACCAUCGGCUCCGAGAGGUUCCGGUGCCCCGAGGUGCUGUUCCAGCCGUCUCUGAUUGGAAUGGAAGCCGCUGGUAUCCACGAGACGACGUACAACUCGAUCAUGAAGUGCGACGUCGAUAUCCGAAAGGACCUCUACGGCAACAUCGUCCUCAGCGGAGGCAGCACAAUGUUCCCUGGCAUCGCGGACCGCAUGAGCAAGGAAAUCACGGCACUGGCUCCCAGCAGCAUGAAGAUCAAGGUGGUUGCUCCUCCGGAGAGGAAGUACAGCGUCUGGAUUGGAGGUUCUAUCCUGGCUUCGCUCAGCACCUUCCAACAGAUGUGGAUUGCAAAGUCCGAGUACGAUGAGUCGGGUCCAUCGAUUGUGCACAGAAAGUGCUUCUAGAUCUUGAGGUUGGUCUCCAGGUUGCUAUUUUUCCUUCCUUUUCGGUUCUCGGGUUAUCUAGGCGCUCUAGAUUUUGAAGUCUUGGCUCUUGAGGAUCACAUGUCAAGUGUGCUUCAUUGUUUGCCUUUGAUUGACUAUAAAUAUUUAGCUCUCUCGUAUUUUGGUGUC